GAGAGCACUCUAGAGAACCUCGAGCCUUUUACUGUGUAUAGAUAAGAAUAAUAUUUGUAGAGAGAUGAAGGAUCAUGGGAUCACGAUCUUGUACGGAUCCGAGACCGGGAACGCCGAGGAUUAUGCCAAUUUGAUUGCCAAACGUCUUCGAUACUUCCAACUAAAAUUGACGGUACUGGCGUUGGAUGAGUACCCAUUGAAGAAAUUGGUGACCGACACCAAGAUCUUGCUUGUGGUGUGUCUGACGACGGGCCAGGGAGAACUCCCAAGGAAUGCCAAGAAGUUCAUGGCGUUCCUUCUCAAGCGCAAGUUGCCUGCCGAUUUGUUCAAUCAUUUGAAAGUGACCACAUUUGGCGUGGGGGACUCACUGUAUCCGAAAUUUAACUAUGCGGUGCGGAAGAUCCAACGGAGAUUGGAACAAUUGGGAUGUGGCGAACUUCUGGCGCGGUGCGAGGCGGACGAGAUGUCCGGGGAGGGGAGUGACGGGUUCUACGUGGAGUGGGAGAAGGGGGUGAUUGAAGGGUUGAAGCGUGUGCUUGGAGACGACGAGAUGGUGGAGGUUGAACAGGAGGAGCAUUUGGAGGUGGAGAGAAAAGUCAGACCGGUUUGCCCUCCGGGGGUGGUAAGCCGCUCCGCUGGCACUCCGUGGGCCACUGGCCGUGGAGGCCUGGCUCCUCUGCGAGGAGAUGACAGCCCAACACUCCUCGAAGAGGAGCAAGGCUCCACGCAGUGGCCCUCCCCGGGCAGGGGCCAGCGGAGCGUCACGCCUCCCCAAGAGGAAAGCACCCCUGAGGUCGCCACCACCACCUCCUCCACCGGUCAGCACUCCUCGUCCAAGGGCAACCCAACUCUCCUCGAAGAGGAGCAAGGCUCCACGCAGUGGCCCUCCCCGGGCAGGGGCCAGCGGAGCGUCACGCCUCCUCACGUUGAAAGCACCCCUAAGGUCGCCAGCAACGCCAAGGUCGUCGCCACCACCACCGGUCAGAACUCCUCGUUGUUCAAGGGGAAGAUGGUCCAGAACAAACGAAUCACCGACACGUCUCACUUCCAGGACGUUCGCCAUAUCAUCAUCAAAUCAGACACCCCUGUCGAGUAUUCUGUUGGUGACACGGUGUCGUUGCUCCCCUGGAACGACGACAACUCGGUGGAAUUGCUUCUCCAGCUGCAACCGCAAUGGUUGGAGGUUGCCGACCAAAAGGUCGAGAUCGAAGGGUUUCCCGAGGGACUGCCGGUGCUGGUCAAGGGCAAGGGCGACCUCCGGUCGUUGUUCAAGUACCACUUGGACAUCAUGUCGAUCCCGCGGAGGUCCUUCUUCAUGACCCUCUGGCACUUUUGUGACGACAGCACCGAGGACGGUGCAAGAGAACGUGAACGGUUGAAGGAGUUUGGCAGCUUUGACGAGGUGGAGGAACUCUACAACUACGCCAACCGGCCAAGACGACUGAUUUUGGAGACCUUAUUGGAGUUCCAGGGCAACUUGAAGAUCCCAUUGGACUAUGUGUGGGACUUGUUCCCCAAGAUCAAGCCUCGGUUGUUUCUGAUUGCCAGCGGGCCGAACGACAAGGGUCGCGUGGAGAUGGUGGUUGCCAUUGUUGAGUACCGGACCGUCAUCCGAAGGGUACGUCGUGGCCUUUGUACGAAAUGGUUGGCAGGCAUGGAGGUUGGCACCGAGAUUGAGUUUGGCAUAGACCGUCUGAACUUGACGUUUGGCAAGGGUCCUGUGGUGAUGAUUGCUCCGGGCACCGGUAUAGCCCCCAUGAGACUGUUGGUGGAGUCGAGGCUUCCCUGGUUGGUUAGUGGCGGGGGAGAGAGACGCUCCGCUGGCCCUCCGGGGGCCACUAGCCGUGGGGGCCUGGCUCCUCUGCGAGGAGAGGUGGAUGACGUGACUGGAGGACUCCUCGUAGAGGAGCCAAGCUCCACGCUGUGGCUCUCCCCGAGCAGGGGCCAGCGGAGCGGCUCAGACCUCCCGGAGGGUGUUGCCUCCCCUUCGGAGUUGUUCCUCUUCUUUGGCUGUCGUUACCACAACAAGGAUCAUCUCUUCCAACAGCAAUGGGAGUCUCUUGCCACCCAAGCUCCACACUUCCAAUACUUCCCAUGCCACUCGCGAGACGAGGGUUCUGUCGAUAAGUACGUGCAACAUCGUCUCUACCGCGAGAGGAAGGCCGUAGGAGACUUGAUCAUCGACAAGGACGCCAUGGUGUUUGUUUGUGGAUCCAGUGGCAACAUGCCGCGGGAGGUGAGAAUCACCCUCGUGGAGAUCAUUGCCGAGAAGCUCGGCGUAGACACAGAAGGGGCCACACGGUACCUCCUGGAGAUGGAGAACAAUAGAAGGUAUAUACAAGAGACCUGGUGAGUUAGAUAUGACAUAGAUAAUAAAAAACAUAUAGACAGAGAG